AGACAAUUGACAAUUAUUUUCCUGAAGAAAUAUGUUGAAGUGAUUUUGACUGACAUACAUCAGUGAGAAACAUGGCUGGUCAAGAUAAAGGACAAAUACUAAAGUACUUCGCAGGAAUCAUGGCUUUCCUGCUGACCCAUGAACAUGUUGUGGAAACACUUGAUUUCCCAAAUACAAGUACAGAUUUACAGAUUAAUUCCAGUGUCAUAGAAGCGCAAGUCCAUUAUCUAUACACAGAGCAAUUGGAAUACAUUGUGGUUGUGGAACUGAAUGCAUCCCACGCUAUGGUGAUUGAACAGAUCAGAGCAGCGUUGGCCUUUAACAUGUUUCCUCUUCAAUUGGACAACAGUACUGAAAUUACUGCUGGGAACAUUACAACAGUGUGCCAGCCAAAUGUGACCGAAUACCAGUGCGUAUGUGAAGAUGGUUAUGCAUGGACAUACAACAACUGCAGGACAUAUGAGGCCUGUGAUGCCAUCAGUUUGGGCUCAUGUGGAUGUAUCAGUGGCGUUCCGAGUGAUGGAGAGAUGUGUGUGCUGGAGAGCGAACUACCCUUCACAGACUUCUUGUCUGAAGUUGAAAUGGAAUCAUCAAGCAUCUCUGUGAUCGAUGAGAUGAUGAGAUUUCUGCAGAACUUCACCUUUCCACUUCAAUUAGAUGAGCUGGUUGAAGUAUUAGAUGUGGACAUCACGACAGUAUGCAGUUUCAAUGACAGUGGAUACAAGUGCGUAUGUGAGGAUCAGCAUUUGUGGUCGUGUGAAAAGUGCACAGAAUAUGGGAGCUGUGACAACAUCACUAACAACACAUGCAGCUGCAUCAAUGAUAUUCCAAGUGAUAGACAGUUCUGUCAACCAGUCAACCAGAUAACAAAUAACACAGCAUGUGCGCAACCACCAACAGUUCUGAUUGAAUAUCUAACUGAAAUUCAGAUAGAUGCUGAUAAUACUUCCGUCAUUGAUCAGCAGAUGAGCUAUUGGAUGUCUUUUGAUUUUCCCUACAUAAUCAGUGACAGCACUAACAUCACAGAAAUCAACAUAACUACUGUGUGUUCUCUGAAUGAAACGCAGUAUCAGUGUAAAUGUGAGAGUCUGUUUGUUUGGCCGAAUGACACGUGUCACUCAUACGAGGUCUGUGAUGACAUCAUUGAUGGUGCAUGUACAUGUAUCAAUGCCCUUCCAGCCAAUGGACAGUUCUGCCAGUUAAAAGAAGUAACACCACCAUCAAUACUAUCAACACCAUCAUCAACACCGUCACCAUCAUCGACAUUAGCAUCACCAUCAACACCGUCAUCACCAUCAACACCAUCACCAACAUCAACACUUUCACCGCCAUCACCAUUAACACCAUCACCAACAUCAACACCAUCACCAACAUCAACACCAUCAACAACAACACCAAUACCAUCACCAACAUCAACACCACCACCACCAUCAUCAACAUCACCAACAUCAACACCACUGUCAACACCAUCAUCAUCGGGACCACCAUCACCAACAUCAACAGCAUCACCAACACCAUCACCAACAUCAACACCACUGUCAACACUAUCAUCAUCAGGACCACCAUCAACACCAUUACCAACAUCAACAGCAUCACCAACAGCAUCAACACCAACACCAACAGCAUCAACACCAACAGCAUCAACACCAUCACCAACAUCAACACCACUGUCAACACCAUCAUCAUCAGAACCACCAUCAACACCAUCACCAACAUCAACACCACUGUCAACACUAUCAUCAUCAGGACCACCAUCAACACCAUUACCAACAUCAACAGCAUCACCAACAGCAUCAACACCAACAGCAUCAACACCAACAGCAUCACCAACAUCAACACCACUGUCAACACCAUCAUCAUCAGGACCACCAUCAACAUCAACAGCAUCACCAACACCAUCAACACCAUCAACACCAUCAACACCAACAGCAUCAACACCAACAACAACACCAACAUCAACACCAGCACCAACAUCAACACCAGCACCAUCAACAGCAUCACCAACAUCAACACCACUGUCAACACCAUCAUCAUCAGGACCACCAUCAACACCAUCACCAACAUCAACGCCACAAGCACCAUCGACAGUUAUUCCAAUGUCGAUGACAUUAAAUCAGAUUUUUGAAACCAGUCUUUCUGAUCCUAAUGACAAGACUUACAAAGAUUUAGCUGGACAAAUUAUGACAGCAAUUGACAAAAGUUAUUCUAGUAAGAUAACUGACUACAUUACUGGUUCUGCAAAAGUCUCUGGCUUCAGGUCUGGUAGUGUUAUAGCAGACUACACAAUAAGUGCAACAUCCAGCAACCUUGAUUUUACAGCAGCAAACACAGCAGUCACUGAGUCUCUAAAGAUGCAAAAAAUAUAUUUAGCUGAAGAUGCUUUUGCUCGAAGUGAACAAAAGGUCACAAAAGAAUUAUAUCCUAUGCAAAAGCUGGACCUGGACUGUAUACAGCCAGACUUUGCAAAGGGACAAAUAAAAUGGAUGGUGUUUAACAAUGAUCGUGCACCAGGCAACGCAAGAUACACCCUUUCAAACAACAAUAGAACUCUCACUGUGGAAAACACUCGUGAAAGUGACACUGGUCGAUACUUAUGCCUCAUACAAAGCAGUACAGUACCAUACGUACAGUGGCAAAACAUUAUUAUUAAACAACGCCCCACUAUAAAUGUAGGUGAAAUGUACCUUGAUUUUCCAUGUGAUGGCAGCACUGUCCAACUGAGAUGUUCUGUUGACACUGGCUACAAUCUUGAGUGGGUCCUGAAUGGUGCAGUAAAAGCUUCAGGAUCUGACACUGUCACAUUCAGUCAUAGAAUUCAAAAUGAAAAUUGUGAGAACGUAACAUUUACUUGUCGUCUCAGCGGUCUGACAGAACUACAGGAUUACAGUUAUAGCAGGAGCAGUGUAACAGUUAGGAUAAUGGAAAAAUCUAACAAAUGUCAAAAUGAAGAACUUGGACUUGGAGAAGCAAAUGAUGAAAAGAAAGGAAUCUGUGGAAGUGGCUUUAAAGGCACCAUAACUUACAGAUGUGACAGUAAAUCACUUGGUUGGACACUAGUACGCAACAACUGUGUACUUGAUAUUAUCGACAAAAUUAAAAGCAUAGCUGAGACCUUGGUUAAGGACAACAUUCCAGAGUUUAUGGCUAACCUCAGCAGUAUCACAGCACAGAAUAAUGUUACUAUAACACAGUCUGCUGCUACUGUCCAAACCAUUGUGGACAUACUCUUUAAAAUUUCUGAUUUGUCACAAUCAGUUGCCAUCAGUGAGCCAGUGAUGAAGGAUUUCCUAAAUACAGUGGACAUUAUUAUAUCGGGUGAUGUCAGUUCUCAAUGGACCACACUGAACAAUGACAACAACACCAGCGUUAAACUUCUGCAAGCUAUUGAGGACAUAAGUGACCAGCUCACAAAUUAUUUUGCGAUCAGUGGAAAUUCCAUUCAGCUGAACAGAACUACAACUAAUAACUCAUUCAGUAUAACAUCAACACUGCCAAACUCAACUACGAAGAUUGUAAUACCACAGGUUCCUAAUGUGACUAACAUAACCAUCAUAAUCUUCACAACUCUUGACAAUGUCCUACCUACUCGUAAUACUAGUAGUAAAAAUAAUAAUUCAGAUGUGCACAUCAAUGGAGAUGUAGUUGUUGUUAAGGUUGAACCAACACUUCACAACAUUUCUUUUGCGUUUGACAUUACUGAUCAGUCUUUGGGAAAUCCUCAGUGUGUCUUUUGGAACUUCAGUCUUGAUGCAUGGGAUUCCACUGGAUGUGAAGUAAAGCCCUUAGCGAACCAACCUGACAAGAUUACAUGUGAAUGCAACCACACAACCUCUUUUUCAAUCCUAAUGUCAACUGAUGUUCCCAAUGGUCACAAAGCCUUAGCCUAUAUAACUUACAUUGGUGUAGCUAUUUCAAUGGCCAGCUUGAUUUUGUGCCUCAUUAUUGAGACUAUUGUAUGGAAGUCGGUAAGAAGAAAUGACACAUCCUACAUGCGACAUGUUUCCAUAGUCAACAUUGCCGUGUCCCUGCUGAUCGCAAACAUCUGUUUUUUCAUUGGAGCCGCAAUCUCAGAUCAAGGGCAGCCAACCUCAGUGGUUCGCUGCAGUCCAGCGGUUUUCUUCAUGCACUUUUUUUACCUGGCUCUUUUCUUCUGGAUGCUAAUUUCAGCGCUGUUGCUCUUUUACCGUACAGUCAUGGUCUUGUCCCAAAUGUCAAGGUUCAGAAUGAUGGUCAUUGCCUUCAUAGUCGGUUAUGGUGCACCUUUGCUCAUAGCAGCCAUUACUGUUGCGUCAACAGCUGGACCUCAAAAUUAUGUUUCCAAAAAAGCUUGCUGGCUGAACUGGGAUGAAUCUAGGGCCCUGCUGGCAUUUGUGAUUCCAGCUCUCACUAUUGUAGCCAUAAACCUUGUGGUUUUGAUUGUGGUUCUGUAUAAGAUGUUGAGGAGAGGAGUUGGUGCCACAACUCAACCAGAUGAGAAACAUGCCCUGGUGGUCAUUGGCCGAUGUGUGGCUAUAUUGACUCCCAUCUUUGGUCUAACAUGGGGAUUUGGAAUUGGAACCAUGGUGUCACGUGAUCUUGGUGUUCAUGUGGUGUUUGCACUCCUCAAUUCACUGCAGGGAUUCUUUAUUUUGGUGUUUGGAACGCUUCUAGACAGCAAGGUUCGUGAGACACUACAAGGAAAGCUGUCACUACAGAAACUCAGUUCAGGCCGUACUAAUAACACCAGCGCAGGAUCAUCAUCUAUACCUGGACUCAAUUUCCUGCCAUGGAUGCGGCGGAGGAAUGUGUACAACGUGUCUGAAGCCAACAUUUCCCCAGCAGUUACAACUUCAGACAGCUCCACCGGCUCAUAUACCAUUAUAAACAAUUAAAAGACACUCUAAAAGUGUUUAUUUCACUGCAAUGUCUGAUAGUGUUUGGUAGAAGAAAUGUUUCUAUGUUCUGAUAUGAUAAAAAUUUACAAAAUGUCUUCAUACUGUAUUGUAUAUCGUACAGUGGUUAAGGGUACUUUUAUCUAUACUUGAAAAAUGGGGUCAUUUUUUAAUAUCACAACUCUAGAGUUUCCUUUGUUUUGAGAUCACUUUUUUUUUUUUUUUUUUACAUCAAAAUUUUUAAAUUAAAACAUUGCUGUCCAGACACAAUACAUCUUAUUUUCUGCUGUCUUAAUAAAUUCCAAAUGUUCCCAAGAUGUCUAAAUGUUACUGCAUCACCAAUAAAAAUGCAUCUUCAUGCAGAAUUGCUUGAAGAUUA